CCCCAGCUGCUUCAGCUGAGGAUGGCAGGAGAUUCUCGAGUCCUCAUGGACCACAACAUGGAGAUAGGAGUCACACCUGCACAGCUUCCCAAGCACUUAAGGGAGGCUCAGAUCUCAACAGAGCGAACCCACUUGAUUUCUGACCCUGUGAAGAAACCACGUCAACGAUACGUGCAGAAGGAUGGCAAGUGCAACGUCCAUCAUGGAAAUGUGCAAGAGACCUACCGUUACCUCAGUGACUUGUUCACUACGCUGGUGGAUCUACGCUGGCGUCUUAGUCUCUUCAUUUUCACUUUGGUCUAUGUAGUCAACUGGCUUUUCUUUGGCUUUCUGUGGUGGCUGAUAGCGCUCAUCCGCGGGGAUCUGGUGCAUGCUGACGAGGAGGGCUGGACUCCGUGUGUGGAGAACCUCAACAGUUUUGUCUCAGCCUUCCUCUUCUCCAUUGAAACGGAGACCACCAUUGGGUACGGUUAUCGCGUGAUCACAGAAAAAUGCCCUGAAGGUAUCAUACUGCUUUUGGUGCAGGCCAUCUUGGGUUCCAUUGUUAAUGCCAUGAUGGUGGGCUGCAUGUUUGUCAAGAUCUCACAGCCAAAGAACCGCGCCGAGACCCUCAUGUUCUCACACAAUGCUGUUAUAUCGGUGCGAGACAACAAGAUGUGCCUGAUGUUUCGGGUGGGGGACCUGAGGAACUCUCACAUCGUAGAGGCAUCGAUCAGAGCAAAGCUGAUCCGCUCGCAGCAGACCAAGGAGGGGGAGUUCAUCCCGCUCAACCAGACCGACAUCAACAUUGGCUUUGACACGGGAGACGACCGGCUGUUCCUGGUGUCACCGCUCAUCAUCUCCCACGAGAUCAACGAGAAGAGCCCCUUCUGGGAGAUGUCACUGGCGCAAAUGGAGAAGGAGGAGUUUGAGAUCGUGGUUAUCCUUGAGGGAAUGGUGGAGGCCACAGGGAUGACAUGUCAGGCACGGAGUUCCUACUUGGACACAGAGGUGCUUUGGGGCUACCGCUUCACACCGGUUCUCUCGUUGGAGAAGGGCUUCUACGAGGUAGACUACAACAACUUCCACGAUGUCUACGAGACCAACACUCCCACCUGCAGUGCGAAGGAGCUAGCUGCUAAGCUUCGGGAGGAGCCACUUUUGCCUCAGCUUUCGCUCCUCAGUCCAGAACCUAAAAUUCAUACUUUUGACCCCCUGGAUCGCCUGUCCAAACAGGACCCACUAAGCCAGGAUGAAGAAAAGGAGGAGAGAGAUUCAGAGGUUGACAGGGGAGAGACCAAUGGCUCAGCCGCUGCUUUAGAGGAGCCACCCCUUGCUGAUGGACUGCCUGAUUGAUUGGCCACUUCAGCUAAAAAACCCAGGAAAGACUGGACAAGAAGACAGGACAAUAUGAUGCUUCAUUUAGUCAAUGGCCAGCUUGUUCCAUUGCAGUGCUUGGAGAUACAACAUCCGUCUCCGGCCCCCAACUCAUGCAAUACUCCUCUACUAGAGUGUCAAUCUAUAGUAUAGAUUGGUUUUGUAGACAUGUAAGUACACAUACACAGACACACACAUACAGUAUCUAUAUCUACACUUAAAGGUUGUUGGUUCAGAUUGUCUUUUUAUAAUUGUAACGACCAAUUACUGCUAUAACGGUUCAAGUUGUAUAACAGUAACUUGAGCCAAAACUGGUAGCCAUGACAGAGUACCAUGGGCUUAUUAUGGAUACUCCAAUAUUUCAUUUUAGAGUGUGUUGAUUCACCUUCAUUUAAGCAGAGUAUCGGUCUCAUAACUCAACUAAUGUGUCUGACAGCAGCUUCUGCGUGGUAAUGGAACCUUGUUACUGAUCUUUUUUUUUUUUUUUUUUUUAAAUGUGGGAGAUUAUUAUUUCCUUUCUCUGUCAGUGUUGUUGUUAGUCUGUGUCUGAAACCACAUUCAUCUAGGAGGAAAUGUCUAAGGCCUCUAGUUCGCUUAGGCAAGAGAAGACAUAGGAAAUUGUUCUAUAAAAGGCAACCUUUACUGGCAACCACAAUCCAGUUUUGUUUUUUUUGUUCACAUCUUCCUCAUGCUUGUACUGUGGUAAAUACUCUCACUGUGUGUGUCUGAUUGUCUCCCCUAACACACUUGGAGCCUUGACCCAAAAGAAACCAGCAAGUACCUCAUUUUAUACUCAUUUUCAGGGUUUGAAAUUAACAACAACAAAAAAAGAACCAGUCAACUGCUGGUAAAAGCUACUGGUAACAUGCUACUGACUAUUUUGAAAAUUGCCUUGGCAGAUUAAAGAUUUAAUUCCCUUUUAGCAACUAAAACAUUAAUUCCAAGCCCUUUUCUUGGUACGUAAAGCACAAUUUGCCCAUGAGGUGACUCCACACUGACCUAACCACCCACCUAGCCACCGCUACUGGCUGAUGCAGUCCUAGUUAAAAGUGUCAUUCAAAUAUUUAUAUGAAAUAUGUAUGCUCAACUGCUGUUUGAAAUGUUCUUGAUUUUUAUACAACGCACAAAUGAAUAUUUCAAAUGCUUCACAAGCAAAAUGAAAUGCCCCGUGUAUCCUUUUAUGUUUGUUUUCUUUUUAUUUUAAAUAUUCAAAAGAUACUCAGCCUUGGUAUGUUUGCAGUUGUAGAAAAGCUACUGAUGAUAGGAACAGCCCAUCACCUGCAGCAUUUGCUGUCUUUGUAACUAUUUCCUCUGACCUUCACCUUUAGAUUUCACCUUAUGAUUUGAAGGUCUUCUUUGUCCACACACACUUGGUACAAUCUGCACUCUGGCCUUGUUCCACAAACUGCCCCUGGGUCUUUUGCUUGAUAUAGUUUAUGGCCCUUGUGACUACUGUUUUGGAAGCUGACACUUUUCCUGUGAGGGCCAUAGCCUACAGUGUUUUUUGACUUUUCUUUGAAAGUACACAUGUCAGAGCUUGCAUGCAUGAAUCAACCCCUGCGCCCCUACAUUGCUGAGUAAGUUUCAUACAGUAAGAAGAACAGGGUAUUUUCUAGGCAUGCAAAUGAUGAGAUUUCUACAAUAUAUUACCAGAUAAUGUAUUAAUAUCCAAUUAUCAUUGUUGAAAGAAAAAUUAGAUUCCUGAUACUUUAAAAUCUCCCA